ACAAGAGUCUCUUCAGGUUGUUAAGAUAUCAUGAAACACUUAGAAGUCCCUAUCAUAGCUGCAAUUUCCAUGAUCAGUGUGGCGAAAGGUGAACCGACAGACGGCGAUGCUAAAGUAAUUGCUAUCAUCAAUUCGGCAGCGCGUUCGGAACAGAAUUUAGCAUGCGUUUUUGAAUGGAUGGUUCAUAUAAAUUAUGCCUCUCUGAACUUCCUAAUGAGCGUGCUGGAAUGCAACGGAAACUUUGCUCCAGACACAGCCGAAGUUGUCGUCUUAAUUAAAGAGGUUAUCGAUAUGAUCACAGUGGUUAUAGAAGACUGUACCGAAACCAAUGAGAAAUCGGGAUCGCAGAGUAAAUGUAAAAAUAUAAUAUUAAAGAACAACAACGGCCUGGUUCGAGCCCUAUUUAAGGUUAAGAGACUGGUUUUUCGAACAAAAAACAAAAUGGAGUGCGACCAAUCCGCUGUUGUUGAAUUUGCGCCUCUAAUUACCGAAGUGCUUGACUCAAUUCAGAAUUGCUUGUAGGCAAAUAUUUAAUUAAAUUAAAUGGCCAUAUUUAUCCGCAUUAAAAUAAAAGCAUUCGCAUGUGACGGGCACAUCGUCAAAUUGAC